AGUUUCAAGUAUCCAGCAGCAGCUGGCCCACCGGGAUAACGAGUCCUGGCCGGGCAUGGCCGAGGGAUUCUACUUCAGGAAAAAAGAAGCUGUCUCCUUAUGCAGCUGGAGGAAGCUACCCGCUUGACCUCCUAUCUCCAGUCCCAGCUGAGGAGCCUGUCUGCCAGCACCCUGACGGUGUCCUCGGGGAGCAGCCGUGGCUCCCCCUCCAGCCGCGGCUCUCUGGCCUCCAGCCGGGGCUCCCUGAGCUCCAUCAGCUUCACGGACAUCUACGGCCUCCCGCAGUACGAGAAGCCCGACGCCGACUGCGGCCAGCUUCUGCGCUUUGACCUCAUCCCCUUUGACUCCCUGGGGCGAGAUGUGCCCUUCUCAGACCCGUCAGGCCACUCGGGCUUCCACAAGCAGAGGCGGUCCCUGGACACGCCCCAGUCCCUGGCUUCGCUGUCUUCCCGCUCCUCCCUGUCCUCCCUGUCGCCCCCAAGCUCCCCCUUGGACACACCCUUUCUCUCCGCUUCGCGAGACUCGCCGCUGGCCCCGCCGGUGGACAGCUUUGAAGUGCCAGGCCUCAGCACCCUGGACAGACUGCGGGCUCAGGCCUCAGCCCUGGGCGACGAGGAUUUGCAGGGCACGGCGCUCCUUCAGCCACACGGACUCCCCGGGGAUGGGGAAGGGCCUCGAGAAAGAGGACCCCAAGUGUCUGGUGGCCCCGUGGUUGGAACAGUGACUCUUCGAGAAGACAGCGCCAAGAGGUUGGAGAGGAGAGCACGCCGUGUCUCUGCGUGCCUGUCGGAUUAUUCGCUAGCGAGCGACAGCGGAGUAUUUGAACCUCAGACCAAAAGGAGUGAAGAUGCCGAAGAGUCUGCCUGCGGGGACGGCUGUGGCACUGAAGAGGCCCAGAUCCAUGUGGGACUUUUGCAUGACGGAGCCAGCGAGUGCCUCCUCGUGCACGUGCUCCAGCUGAGGAACUUCGCCGGGCCCGCGGUGAAGGCAGACUGCAGAAUCCAUAUCCGCAUCUACUUGCCCCCGCUCGACUCCAGCGCGCCCAACACCUACUGCUCCAAGGCUCUGGAAUUCCAAGCGCCGCUCGUGUUUAACGAAGUGUUCAGGAUCCCCGUGCAUUCUAGCGUGCUGACGCUGAAGUCCCUUCAGUUGUAUGUGUGCUCCGUGAAUCAGCAGCUGCAGGAGGAGCUGCUGGGCAUCGCUCAGAUCCACUUGGCCGACUGCGACAGCGCGAGUGAGAUGCAGCUGCGCUGGCACUCCGUCCAGGUCUUCAGCAGCUCCGAGCCACCCAGGGCGCGUGAGGAUGGGCGCGCAGGACAGAGCGGCGCGCGGGACCUCGCUCGCACACUCUCCGGCAAAACGGAUGCGGUGACGGUGCUGCUGGCUAAAACCACAGCCCAGCUGCAGGCCGUGGAGAGAGAGCUGGCCGAGGAGCGGGUGAAGCUGGAGUACACCGAGGAGGAGAUCCUGGAGAUGGAGCGGAAGGAAGAGCAGGCCGAGGUCGUGUCCGAGAGGAGUUGGCAGGCUGACUCGGUCGACAGUGGCUGUGGGAACUGCACCCAGACCAGCCCCCCGUAUCCAGAGCCCUGUUGUGUUGGUGUCAACUCUACCCAUGGACACAUCUUUACUGGCCAGGCAGAUCCUUACAGCCCCGAGAAACUUCAGCCCCUUCCACUUAAGGUUGACAAGGAGACCAACACGGAAGAUCUCUUCCCGGAGGAAGCGGCGAGCCUCCUGAAGGAGCGGCCCAGCCGCCGGGCCCGCGGGUCACCGUUCGUCCGGAGCAGCACGAUCGUGCGUUCUCAGACCUUCUCGCCCGGAGCUCGGAGCCAGUAUGUUUGCAGACUUUAUCGUAGUGACAGUGACAGUUCAACCCUGCCCCGGAAGUCCCCGUUCGUCCGAAAUACUUUGGAAAGACGAACCCUUCGUUACAAGCAGUCCUGCAGGUCUUCCCUGGCUGAGCUCAUGGCUCGCACCUCCCUGGACCUGGAGCUGGAUCUCCAGGCGUCGAGAACGCGGCAGAGGCAGCUGAACGAGGAGCUCUGUGCCCUGCGCGAGCUGAGGCAGCGGCUGGAGGGAGGCCCCCCCCCGGGGCCGCGCGCGGGCCUGCUGCCAUCAUCUCCCACAGAGACUCCUUCCUGCUCCGGUCAUCACCCGGGGUUCCAGACAAGACAGACCAAACUUGACUACCAUCAAGAACAGGCCGCUGAGAAGAUGCUGAAGAAGGCCUCCAAAGAAAUCUACCAGCUGCGCGGCCAAAACCACAAAGAGCCCAUCCAAGUGCAGACCUUCAGGUAG